AUGACCGCCAGCCACGGACCCGCCCCGGCUUACUUCGGAGCUCCAACAGAGUUGUAUCCGGAGCGUGAGCAGUUAAUAGAAAAGAUGCCGCCCCCACGAACCAGUUCGCGAAUCCCUCGCACACCAUAUGCCCUACAGACUACGCCUACCGAGGUGAAGGGUGUUGUCGAGGCGAUGCCGUCGCCGCUCAACAGACCAAGGAAGCUCUCGCAGGCCUCCACCGUCACCGUCAGCAGCGUAAAUAGUCCCAGAGAAAGCUUUGAGACGCGGUCCCGAAGCGCAUCAUGGAACAGCAGCAGAACGAGCUUCGAAUCGAGAGAUUCGUGGAAGCCCGACUACCUGCAUAACCGACCGAGUCAGCCCGUGGCAUUUAGGAAGAAGGCCAAGCCCGGAGAGAUCUUUGCGAAGCUGCCUGGAGAGGUGCUUGAGCUGAUUCUGGGUGAGCUGAAGAAGCUACACUUAGACAAGAACAAAGAGAGCUGUGCGACGUGUUGGAUGAGGGAUCUCUGUUCCAUCAGCUUGACGGCGCGGAAAUGGUGCAAAUAUGCGCGAGUUGCCUUGUAUGAAGAUAUUCAGCUGGUCGGACUCGAUUCGGCAGCACAAAAGAAGAAGUACAAGCUCACCUUUGGCACGCGAAUGAUGCUUCUGCGGCGGACUUUGAGAGCGAACCCUCAUCUCGCCGCAAUGGUUCACGUCGUAAAAGUCCCCAGCCCGCCCGCAGGCGUCGCGCUGGAGGAUUACUACAACCAGGUGGCAGCGCUGGUCAUGGCCUGCCCCAACUUUGAGCGCCUCAUGGGUAUUCACCCUCAAUACAACCACUCGUUUAGCAAGCUCUUCCACGCCCUUUCAACUCGCAAGCGGCUCAAGCAUAUGGACUGGCUUAUCCAGCCUUCGCCCUACCAACGACAGCACCGAUUCCGAUCGAGUUCGUCGAGUAAUGCUGCGGCAAUGACGCAACCGCAGCGCGAUUCUGUGACUCCUGGAGACCUGCAACCGCACCAGAGCGCAGCCUUUCUCGACUUCCACCUCGAUUGGGCUCACCUGACGACCCUCACGAUCCAUUGCCUGCCGGGCGCAACCCUCACCCCCGACAACCUCGUCAGCUCGACAUUGAUGCACCUGACAUCUCUUCAGCACCUUUUCUUGUCUCGGAUGCCGGUCACCGCGUUCGACGAUAGCGCCCUGCUUUCGCUUCCCCCCUUGCGUACGCUAUCGCUCUCACACGUCCCCGGCGUUACCAGUGCCGGAAUCUCGGCCUUGGCUACCUUACCCACAAGCCAGGCGAUCCAAAAAUUGACUCUGCGCCACAUCAAUCUCGACUCCCUACCCGCCCUCGCCAGAAUCUUCUCCAACUUUACUUACCUAGAGUCCUUCUCCCUCGUGCAGAGCUUCGCCCCCACUCUCCCCGAAGACACCUUCAUUUGGCUGAUGCCCUACCUCGCCUCCGGCUCCCUGCGAAAGCUCCAUUGGGACAUCACGAGCAACACCACGAAUGCGAAUGCGGCCGACUCCAUCCUCGCGCGCAGCAUCGCCGCCAGCGGCUUUCCCUCCCUUCGUAGCCUUCGCGCUCCGAACGACCCGGAGGGCAUCUUCCAGGCUCUGUGCCGCCCCCAGGAAAGGGCCGACAUGGCCAGCGACCGUUUUCGCCCCCCCGCUGGGCGGAGCGCCUCGUUCCCCGUCACAAACCCGUCGUCCCCGACUAAACCGUCCCAAUCACCGACGGCCGCCACGCCGCCGCCCACGUCCGAGACAUUCCGCGAGUGCAGUAACCUUCACCAGGCCCGGCUGGCGGCUCAGUCCCGCCUCGAGGCCGCGCGUCCGAUCCCGCGCUUCUUCGCCAACAUUAUCGACGAAGACGGCACACUGCUGGAAAAGUACGGCUUCGCGGGCUUCAUCGGCACCGCCGAGAGUCGUAUCACAUAUAACCUCCGUCCGGACUGGGGAUCCUCGGACGAGCGCGGUGGGCUCGUCGAGACGACGGACAUCGUGUCCAGCAGCCACGGCGAGGACAUAGGGAACGGCAAAGAAGGGUGCUCGGGGCGCUGGAACAUUGCGUCCGCGGCGACGGAGAAGAAGGACAAGGAGCGGUGGUGGCAUACGGAGAGGGGCCGGUGGCACCAGCCGGAACUUGCGUGA